GAUCUCCUUGGCAAGGGUAAUUUCUGUAACGUCUAUAAAGGAGUACUAGCGCGGACGCCUGAUGAGAAGAUCACAGUGGCCGUGAAGAUAUGCCAUGAAGGAUCAGUCUCAAAAGGAUUUCAAGAAACCAAAGAGGCACGAGAUCAGAUGCUGAGCGAGGCGCAGAUGAUGAGUUACUACGUCCACAAUCAUAUCAUUGAGGUGAGAAUGCGUGCUAAUCAUUGGACGGUCUGA